AUGAAGCACAACAACCAAUUGCCCGGAGAGCAUUUCCGCAAGGACUGGCAGUCGCGCGUCAAGACCUGGUUGGACCAGGCCAGUCGCAAGAAGUCCCGCCGUAUCGCGCGUGUCCAGAAGGCUGCCCGCAUUGCCCCUCGCCCCGUUGAUGGCUUGAUCCGCCCUGCCGUCCGCUGCCCUACCAUCAAGUACAACACCAAGCUCCGUGCUGGUCGUGGCUUCACCCUUGAGGAGCUCAAGGCUGCUGGUAUCCGCCGCAAGGAGGCUCUCUCCAUCGGUGUUUCGGUCGACCACCGUCGCCGCAACAAGUCCGAGGAGUCUCUCCAGCUCAACGUUCAGCGCCUCAAGGCCUACAAGGCCAAGUUGAUUGUCUUCCCCCGCAAGGCCGGCAAGACCAAGGCCGGUGACUCUGCUGCCACCGAGCUCUCUGCCGCCACCCAGUUGACCGGUGCUAUCCACCCCGUUGCCCAGGUCUACACCAAGGAGAAGGCUCGCAAGAUCACCGAGGCUGAGAAGAACAACUCCGCCUACGAGCAGCACCGCAAGGCCCGCUCCGUUGCCCGUCUUCACGGUAUCCGUGAGGCUCGUCGCAAGGCCAAGGAGGAGGAGGAGGCCAACAAGAAGAAGUAA